GCUGCAGUUGCUGUCUCGUAACGUUUCCAGGUGUCUAAUCCAGGUGUCUAUGUAGGUCUGUCUCCACGUUUCUCCCGCGAUGUUGUACUACCUCCUGGCCGCCCCCGUGCUGCUUGUUGCCGGGUACGCCGUGUCCCAGCUCCUGGUACGGGCCCCGCCGCGCCGCGCCGCCGUGUACUCCCAGCCAGGACCCUGGUACCGCCUCAAGUACUGGGCGUUUGUCGGCAUCCUCGCCUUCAGAAAGUGGAGAUCCAAGAACACUAAGGCAGGAGAAGGCAUGGCAGCUGGGAUGGGAGUUAAGUCAAGGAACAGCAGUGCAGAUAUGGAGGAAAUACAGAAACUACAGGAUCACCCGAAGGCUAUAGAUGCAGUGUACUUCAACGGCUCCAACAGAGAUGGAGUGUACUUUGUAGCAGCAACAGCAAGGAGGCCAAACAAAGUCACCCAAACUGUUCUGUACUUAAGGUUCCCUGAUAUAGGUCUCCUGGAACAUCCAUGUCUGCCCAACACGGCCAUGGAGCGGGAGACAGACAGAGAGUACGCAGCGCGGGGGCUCCGUCUGGAGAUGGUGGAACCCAUGAAGGUCUGGAGACUCUCCUACAGCGGCAAGAUGAGAGCUGUUGACCAGACUAAGCAGCUGCUACAGACUGAGUUUGUGUUGACAUGGACAGCCUGUACUCCGUACUAUGACUUUGACACAGACAUGGAGCCCUGGGCUGUAGCUGAUGCCAUGGCCAGGGAACCCUGGAGUCGGGAGUUCUUCCAAAAUCUUCAGGACAUGCAUCAGACACAUUAUGAGCAGUUCGGCACAUUUGAAGGGACAGUCCACGUGGAAGGGUACCAGGACAGGAAGAUUGUCAUCAAAGGACUGAGAGACCACUCCUAUGGAAAAUACAGAGAUUGGAGUCUGUUUCACCGAUAUGGGCUGCAGAUGUUGCAUCUGGAAGAUGGAACCUGUUUCAAUGUUGGGAUUGUAUCUAUGCCUGCUACCAUGUCCAGGUUGGCUCUAGGAUAUGUGUUACACCCUGAUGGGAGCAAAUCUUCUCUGUCUUCCCUGGACUGGGACCUGUCCACCUGUGGUGAGGACGGCAUUCAACCCAAGAUGUUUGCUUUUGAUUUCAUGGCAGGAGGCAAAAAGUAUCACUUGGAGUGCAAGGUGCUUCGAGCUCCAAUAUUCUACAUUGGGUUUGGAUGGACUGCCAAAAUCCAUGAAGGGUUUGCAGAGUUCACUGUAAAUGGAGUACCAGGGUGGGGUAUAGCUGAGUGGGAUUUCAGGAACCAUGGUGGGCUGCCUGAGGAGUUCAGAAGUGGGACUACUGGAGUAGAAGCCCUGUGAUGUUCAUCCCGAAGGAUAUGCUUGCUCAUAUGACUAGCAAAUGAAAAACAGAGAAUACAAAAUUAUAUCAAUGUGAGAUUUUUUUUACAACGAGUAAUGCUUCCAAUCCAGUGAAUCCAGAAGACAUUUAAGGGCAUACAAGUAGCUACAUGUAACUUGUCACCUUCCAGCUAUUGUCAAUUAACUCAUCAAAAGCAAAACUGUCAACGGAGAUAUGGUUUGCUGUUUUGAGCAGAAUUAUGAUAUACAUCUUGUGGCAAAUCUUCCAGACCCUGAAUGAGCUGAUUUUCUGAAAUGUUUGGGGAGAUUGUAACCUAUAUAAUAUACUUAGAAUAAAGUAGCAAAUACAAUGGGGGGUCUUGUAGUCGGUAGCGCAUUCGGCUCACACCCAAGAGGUCGGGGGUUCGAAUCCUGCCCAAUCUUGUGCCCUUGGGAAAGGCACUUUACACGACUUCCUCACUUCACUCA